AAAAAAUUACCUCUUCUUUUCUAUUUUCUGUUCCAUAUUUGAUCUUCGUCUUCCCUUUCUCGGCUCCUCCGUUUUAAUUUAAUUCCAUUUUCAUUCUGAUUUUGAAACCAAUAUUCUCUCUCUCUCUCUCUCGCUCGCUCGCUGGCUGUGGGUGUCUCCGUCUGUUCUGGACAAAUGAAGCACCGGAACGGCAAGAAAAUCUCCGCCCGAUGGAUCCCAGUCUUCUGCGCCUCCUUCUUCCUCUUCGGCAUCCUCUUCUCCAACCGGAUGUGGGCCCCGGCAGAGUCCAACGGCCAGCUCCUAUCUCGAGCUCGGCAUGAGCAGGAGCUGAAAAUGGUGUCCGAGGAUUGCGACACUAAGAAGAAGCCUUCAAAAGAAGUGGAUGUCACCGACCAAGUACAUAAGACACAUGAAGCAAUCCAGCUGGCCAGAUCUCUUGAUAAGACAAUUGCAACGCUUCAGAUGGAGCUUGCUGCUGCCCGGAGUUCGCGGGAGUUGGGGAGCUCUGCUGAUGGUUCUUCUGCCAUUGAUGGUGUUGAUGGGAAGCCGAGGAAGAAGGUCUUCAUGGUCAUAGGGAUCAACACAGCAUUCAGUAGCAGGAAGAGGCGUGACUCUGUCAGAGAGACAUGGAUGCCUCAAGGGGAAAAGCUUCUUCAACUGGAGCGCGAGAAGGGGAUUAUCAUACGCUUCAUGAUUGGUCACAGUGCGACAUCGAACAGUAUUUUAGAUCGAGCAAUUGACUCAGAAGAUGCUCAGCAUAAGGACUUCCUCAGGCUAGAACACGUUGAGGGCUAUCACGAAUUAUCAGCAAAAACAAAAACCUUCUUUUCGACUGCAGUUGCUAUGUGGGAUGCUGAUUUUUAUAUCAAAGUGGAUGAUGAUGUCCACGUGAAUUUAGGUAUGCUAGGAACCACACUUGCUCGACACCGUUCAAAGCCCAGAGUCUAUGUUGGUUGUAUGAAAUCUGGACCAGUUCUUUCUCAAAAGAAUGUCAAAUACCAUGAACCAGAGUACUGGAAGUUCGGACAGGAAGGGAACAAAUACUUCAGGCAUGCGACUGGGCAAAUCUAUGCUAUCUCAAGGGAUUUAGCUACAUACAUCUCAAUAAACCAGCCAAUUUUGCACAAGUAUGCGAAUGAAGAUGUAUCGCUCGGUUCAUGGUUUAUUGGUCUUGAAGUCGAGCACAUAGACGAUCGUAAUAUGUGCUGUGGUACACCGCCAGAUUGUGAGUGGAAGGCACAGGCUGGUAAUGUCUGUAUCGCAUCAUUCGACUGGAGCUGUAGUGGCAUUUGCAAGUCCGUAGAAAAGAUUAAGGAUGUCCACGCAAGGUGUGGUGAAGGUGAUGCAGCAGUGUGGGAUGCUCUCUUCUGAUCUAUAUAAUCGGUGACACUCACAGUACAGCAAUCGUUCUCGUGGAAAUGGACAUGAUGGUUAAUAUUAUUUUGUCGGCCGCCUCUGAAGCAAGCCGUGCUACAUUAUUUAUGCAAGAAAGGCGGGAGUCUGUUGUGCUAUAGUCAUUCGAGUUUCGCCCCCACAGGCCAUAUUAUGAUUCGCUGGAGGAAGAUCGGGCGAGAUACUAGAGAGCCUGUAUCAAAGUCAUUCUUGGAGACGGACAUGAUUAUCUGGUAUGGAGUUGGUGAAACUAGCUGCGGAUUUCUCUUUCAAUCCCACUUUGGUUCUGGGAUGAUCUAGCUUUAUUUAUACAUGAAGAUCAUUCUUUUCUUUUUUUUUUUUGCUUGUGUUAGUUAUGUGUAUUUAUUUUUUUUGGCCAAAGUAGUUAGGCUUAAGUUAGGUGGUGGUUUAAUGUACUUAAACAACACGGUUACUAAUGUAACACGGACAUGGGUCAAAACUGUUGACCCAUAGUGGCAAGAUUGAUUGACUUCAUUUUCUUGCGUGAUUUA